AUGGCACCAGAUGAAAAUCUUCAGAUUGCAGGAAUUAUCCAGUUGCUGAAGCAUUUUAGAUGGACAUGGGUUGGUCUUUUAAUUCUGGAUGAUGACAGUGGAGACAAUUUCCUCCAAGCCCUGGACCCACUUCUUUCUGAGAACAGGAUCUGUGCUGCCUUUGUGGAGAGAAUGCCCAAACAAGCUUUUUUUUCUGUGUUUCAAAAUGCAAUUGUGGAUAGGAUAAAUAUUUAUUGGCUGGACAUCAAAAUUAAUACAUUCCUCUUCUAUGGGGAAAGCACCACAGCAAUGCUUCUGUUUAUGUUCCUUAAAUAUACAUUUUCUUUGAAAAUAUCAGGAAAAAUGUGGAUUCUGACAGCUCAAAUGGAUUUAACUUUAAUGAGUCUUCAUAGACCGUCAGAUUUAAAAUUGUUCGAUGGAGCAAUUUCCUUUGCUAUUCAUUCCAAUGAACUGCCAGGAUUUGAAAAAUUCCUUGGGGCUCUCAAACCAUUCCAGACCCAACGGGAUAGUUUAUUGAAAGAAUUCUGGGAACAAGGCUUUGAUUGCCACUUUUCAGGAAGUAACACACUGGCAGAAAGUAAUGAAACAUGUACUGGGAAGGAAGAGAUGAAUAACCUUCCUCGGCAUUUAUUUGAAAUGACCGGCCACAGCUACAGUAUCUACAAUGCAGUCCAUGCUGUAGCCCAUGCUCUUCAUGGCAUGAGCAUACAUAAGUCUAAAUACAAAAGAGUAGCUGAAAGUAUAAGGGACAAACUUCAAGAUCAAGGGACGUGGAAGCUUCAUUGGUUUCUUCAAGGCCUUUCAUUUAAUAAUUCAGUUGGAGAAACAGUGACCAUCAACCAACAUGGAGAAGUGCUAUCUGGAUUUGAUAUUACAAAUAUUAUGAUGUUUCCAAACAAUUCCUACUGUAAAGUAAAAAUUGGAAAGAUGAUUCCCAAAGCACUUGAAGGAAAUGAACUUGUGAUUCAUGAAGAUUUAAUUAUCUGGCCCAAAUAUUUUAAGAGGGUCUUGCCCCUUUCAUUGUGUAAUGAUCCCUGUCCUGCUGGCUAUCAGAAGAAAAAGAAAGAAGGCGAAAAAUUUUGCUGCUAUGAUUGUGAUCUAUGUUCUCAUGGGAAAAUGUCAAAUAUGUCAGACAUGAUUGCCUGUUCUGAAUGUCCAGAAGAUCAAUAUCCAAGUAAAGACAAAGUUCGAUGCAUCCCCAAAAUCAUAACCUACCUAACCUUUGAAGAACCUUUAGGUAUUAUUUUAGUUGCAGUUGCUGUUUUAUUCUCAAUCAUUUCUAUAUUUAUACUUGUAAUAUUUAUUAAGUAUAAAGAUACUCCUAUUGUUAAAGCUAACAACAAGGACCUCACCUACACUCUUCUAAUCUCCCUUCUACUUUGCUUCCUCUGUUCUUUUCUCUUCCUUGGAAAACCUCUCAAACUGAUUUGCUUCCUCAGACAAACUGUCUUUGGUAUUAUCUUCUCUGUGGCCAUUUCUUCUGUGAUGGCUAAAACCAUCAUGGUCGUUGCAGCAUUCAUGGCCACUAAACCAGGAUCCAGCAUGAGAAAAUGGUUGGGAAAAAGACUGUCCUUCUUAAUUGUUUUUCCUGGCUCCUUCCUUCAAGCAGGCAUUUGUCUGGCAUGGAUGAUCACUUCUCCCCCCUUUCCAGAACUUAACAUGCAAUCAAUGACUGAAGAGAUCAUAGCAGAAUGUAAUGAAGGGUCUGUUGUGAUGUUUUAUCUUGUCUUGGGCUAUAUGGGGUUUCUAUCUCUGGUCAGCUUCAUGGUGGCUUUCCUGGCUAGGAACUUGCCUGAUACAUUCAAUGAAGCCAAGUUCAUCACUUUUAGCAUGCUGAUAUUUUGUAGUGUUUGGCUGUCUUUUGUUCCCACCUAUUUGAGCACCAAAGGAAAAUUUAUGGUGGCUGUUGAGAUCUUCUCCAUCUUAGCUUCUAGUGUUGGGUUAUUGGGAUGUAUCUUCUUCCCCAAAUGCUUCAUUAUUUUGCUGAGGCCUGAGCUCAACAGCAAAGGUCAAGUUGUAAAGAAAAAGUAUUUCUGA